AUGUCUACUUUUCAGAAAAGUAGUGAAGUGAGUGGCAUUGCAUGUAAUGUUUGUGACGCUGAUGAUGUACAGAAAUUGGCAAACUUUGCUGUCAAGGAACUUGGUUCUAUCAACAUUUGGAUAAACAAUGCUGGCACAAAUAAAGGUUUUAGACCAUUGCUGGAGUUUUCUGAUGAAGAUAUUAGACAGAUUGUCUCAACAAACCUGGUUGGCUCUCUUCUCUGCACUCGAGAAGCCAUGCAAGUGAUGAAGAACCAGGCUAUUGGGGGACAUAUAUUUAACAUGGAUGGUGCAGGCUCUGGGGGAUCUAGUACCCCUCUUACAGCUGUCUAUGGGUCAACAAAAUGUGGGCUUAGGCAGCUUCAGGCAUCUCUGUUGAAAGAGUGCAAGCGGUCCAAAGUUGGGGUGCACACAGCAUCUCCGGGCAUGGUCCUUACAGAUCUGCUCCUGAGUGGCUCGAGUAUCCAAAAUAAGCAAAUGUUUAACAUCAUCUGUGAGCUUCCCGAAACAGUUGCUCGAACUCUAGUUCCAAGGAUGCGGGUUGUAAAGGGAACAGGAAAGGCAAUCAGUUACUUGACCCCCCCUAGGAUCUUACUUGCUUUAGUCACUGCAUGGCUUCGACGAGGUCGAUGGUUUGAUGCCAAGGGGAGGGCAUUGUAUGCAGCGGAGGCAGACCGUCUCCGUAACUGGGCUGAAAACCGCACUCGGUUUUCUUUUACAGAUGCAAUGGAAAUGUACACGGAGAACACUUGGGUGUCGGUUUUCUCGCUUUCUGUUGUUUGUGCCUUCAUAAUCCUUUCUAGCACUGGCAGCACAUUUCCUGGUACGUGAGUUGUAAGCACAAUUACAGCCUGAAAGAAUCAGUAACAUGUACAUCAGGGCAAUGCUCUCUGUGAGUGAGGUCAACUGCUAUGCCUGGCAAGGCAAGUAUACGACACUUAGAGCAGAUUAGUGGUUUUUAUACCCUACAUUCUUGGGACACUUACUUAACCAUUAGGAGGGUCGGUUAUAGCAUGAUCCCAAAUGUUUUAACGACCCAUGCAUGCACAAGAGUCCAGUAAAAGUUUAGGGCAUGUACACAGAAACAAACGCAUUGUAUUUCAUUAAUGAAGCAUUCUCCAUUGAGAUGCUUCUAUGGGCAUGUAAUGUUUAUAUGGUAUAUAUGUAAUGCUUCUAUCA